AUGGGUCUGCUCCUACCUCUGGUGCUCUGCUCCCUGGCCACAUUCUACACAGUGGAAUCUCUGCCCCAGGAGGCCCUCAGCCUCUUGCCUCUCCUCUCCCGUGGCUGCAACGACUCAGACGUGCUGGCAGUGGCAGGCUUCGCCCUGCAGGAUGUGAAUAGUAACCGAAAAGACGGCUAUGUGCUGAGCCUCAACCGAGUGAGCGAUGUCCGAGAACACAGACAGGAUGGUCUGGGGUCUGUGUUCUAUCUCACACUGGACGUUUUAGAAACUGACUGCCAUGUGCUCAGCAAGAAGGCGUGGAAGGGCUGUGAGGCGAGGAGCUUUUAUAAAUCGGUUUAUGGUCAAUGCAAAGCAAUAUUUUACAUUAACAAGCCAAGAAGAGUUCUCUAUUUGCCUGCUUAUAACUGUAUUCUUCGCCCAGUUUCUCGAAGAAAGAUUCACAGAAUGUGCCCCGACUGCCCUAGCCCUGAUGACUUGUCAAAUCCCAGAGUCCUGGAAGCUGCCACUGAGUCUCUUGCGAAGUACAAUAAUGAGAACACCUUGAAACAGUAUGCUCUCUUCAAAGUCACCAAGGCUUCUAGCCAGUGGGUAUUUGGCCCUGCCACCUUUGUGGAAUAUUUAAUCAAAGAGUCACCAUGUACCAAAUCCGAGGCCAGCAGCUGUGCACUUCAGCUCACUGACUCUGUGCCCGUUGGUCUUUGCAAAGGUUCUCUGAGUCAAAGCUAUUCAGAAAAGUUCGUCUCGGUGACUUGUGACUUUUUUGAAUCACAGGCUCCCACCCCUGGAGAAGAAAACUCUGCUGAUAACCAGGGACCUGCAAACCUACCCAAGGCGGAAGAGCCCCAGCAGAUAAACACAGCCCCUACCGACUCACCCUCCAAAGCCAUGCCAAAAGGAUCUGUCCAAUACCUCCUUGACUUGGAUGAUGAGAAGCCCGAAGGUUCUCAGGAAAAAGGCCCUGUGGAGGCCUUCCCUGUGCAGCUAGAUCUAACCACGAAUCCCCAGGGAGAAACCCUUGAUGUCUCCUUCCUCUUCCUGGGGCCUAUGAAGGAGAAGCUGGUUGUCCUGCCUUUCCCGAAGGAAGAAAAACGCUCUGCCAAGUGCCCAGGACCAGCCCAGAGGGACGACCCUCUUGUUCUCCCACCAUAA